AUGCGCGACACAAGGCGACAAGCGUCGGAGGGAAACAGAUACACAGCAUCAAGCAGUACCUGCCUGGCGUCCAAAGCAAGCGCCUGUGACAUUCGCCAGCCCCAAACUGUCCCUGUCUCAAAUCCGUCCGCCUUCCCCUUCUCCUUCUCCUGCCUUGCUCCCCACCAGUCAAGCGCACCCAACCAUCCCGCAACGAAGAAACCACCCCUGGCCCUUCGGCUCCCCGGCAAAGACCCCAGCAAUCCAAUGAGAGGCCAGUCGCCCAUCCCAAAGGUCGCGUUCGCAUUGCCCCAUCUGAUCACGCCCGUUGCUACUGCAGCGCUGCUGGUGCCUGAGCUCCUUCCCACGGGGCCACGACAGAGUGCUGCCGCCGUGCCGGAGCGGCAUGCACCCAAUCAGCGGCAUCACCGGCGCAGUAGGGUACCUUGA